AUGACUGUUCAACAACCAGUUCCUUUAUCCACAGCUUUAUAUCCAGGAAAUUUAACGCCUCAACAAUUACAACAACAUUAUUUUCAAUUACAACAGCAACAACAACAAUUACAACAAAUUCAACAAUUGCAGGCACAACUACAGCAACAACAACAACUACAGCAAGGAACUGACAAUAAUACAUCCUUGGAUGGUAGUAAGAAACGUGCCUCGGGUAUGGGCUCAGAAGAAGGUCCUUCUGCAAAGUCAGCUCGUUCAUCUCUCGGUAACUCCUCAGGCAUUGAAUCAACACAAGCUUGGACAACAUCUUCUGCUGAUUUAGUUGUUGAUACAAAGAAUGUUCAAUGUUCUUCUGCCGGUCCAGAGCAAUUAGAAAGAGAAGAAAUGUCAAAUAAUGAUAAUCCAAUUAAUAUUGUUGAUGGAAAUAUUUCUUCUGAUUCUUCCAAACAAAAAUUAAAUGAAAAUAUUGAAGAGGAUGAUUUUAAUGGAAAUGAUGAGAAUAAUUUAAUUAAUGUUGUAGUACAUGAUAAUGAAGAUAUUAAUGAAGGUGAAAGGGCGGCAGCAGCUUUAGAACAAGGAAAUAAUAAUACUUCAAUAUUAACAAAUAAUAUUAGAGCACAAGAUGAAGGAAUUGAUUCGCCUAGUAAUGGGAAACAAUUAAGGAUUGUUGAAGAUGAAGAAGAUGAUCAAUGA